UUAUAAGGUUGAGGUCAUGUAAAGGUCACGAUUAUGAUGAUCAUUUAUCCCACGUAUAUCAUACUUAAUUGGACCUACAACGAAUUGUAUUAAAAUUGUAUAGUGUAAGGAAGAGAGAGCAUAACGAGAGCAGGAAAAAUAUAUAUUAAAUACACAAAAUUAUUAUUUGUCGUAAAAGCCGCGCGGAAGCCAUUUUGCAAUUGAGAUACAAUUAUCUCCCUCUUUCUCUCUCUGUUUUUCAGUUAGCCGACUGAUUUCUCUUUCUGUUUCAUUGAAAAAAUCAUAGAGUGUGAAGUGUAUUCAGAGUAUUCUUGACAAGUCGUUCACUGGCGUGACGUCUGGGUUCUCAGUAAUCGGGAACUUCUGGAAAAUAUUUGUUUGAAAAAGCAGAGCCGGUAGUUUCUUUUAAUUUCGAAUUCGUUUGACCUUUUCCCCAUGUUCUAGUCAUUUGCUCGUUCUAUUUGUGAUUGCGAUUUUUUCCCCGCGAUAAAUUCCGAGAACGGUUACGUGUUCUUCCAUAUUUUUGGUGAAAGAAGAUUUCAACGAACCAUCCCAGAAUCAUGUCACAUCAAACGGGAAUCAAAGCGAAUGAUGCUCUGAAGAAAUUGUUUGCCAAAUGUCGUGACGGAAAACUACGAGUUUUGAAAGUUUCCAUAGAGAAUGAGGAAUUAACACCUGCAGCUUCCUCUAAGCCUAUAAGCAAGUGGCAAGAUGAUUACGAUAAAUUGAUUAAACCUCUGAUUGUUGAAAAUCAACCUGCGUAUAUUCUCUAUAGACUUGACACUAAAUCCUCUGAUUCUGGUUAUGAUUGGUUAUUUAUAUCUUGGUCUCCUGACACUGCACCAGUUAGACAAAAGAUGCUUUACGCAUCAACUAAAGCAACCUUGAAACAAGAGUUCGGUACAGCUUCUAUAAAAGAUGAAUUGCAUGGUACCGUGCCUGAAGAUAUAACAUUGGAAGGUUACUAUAAGUACAAGAGAAAUGAUGCAGCUCCAGCACCAUUAACAACUGCAGAAGAAGAAUUAGCAGAACUUAAGAAGAACACUGUCAGCACUGAUUACAGCGUUGAAACAAGACAUCAAACAUUAAGUGGUGUUUCUUUUCCUGUGACAGAUGAAGCAAAACAAGCGAUUACAGAGCUGGGUAAAGGUAUACAUGAGUAUGUUCAACUGAAGAUCGACUUGGAAGAAGAGAAAAUACAUUUGGUCAUAGCUUGUGAUGUUUCAUUGGAUAAACUGCCAACAAAAGUUCCAUCGGAUUCUGCUAGAUAUCACCUUUAUAAUUUUAAGCACACUCAUGAAGGAGAUUACAUGGAGUGUAUUGUUUUUAUAUAUAGUAUGCCUGGAUACAGCUGUAGUAUUAAAGAAAGAAUGUUGUAUUCGUCGUGUAAAGCACCUCUUCUAGACCUCAUCCAAUCACUCGGAGUGAAUAUUACAAAAAAAUUGGAAGUAAAUAGUGGCGAAGAAUUGGCAGACAUGUUGGAAGCUCCUCCAACCAUAAAAGAAACAGCUGCUAUAACUCCUGCAACUCCAUCAACACCCUAUGCUCCUACUCAAUCUAUAUCAGAGAAAAAAUCAAAGCAGAAGCGAUCUUGUAUUUUGAGUUAACCGAUUCUAUGUACUUUGAUUGCCAUUAUUUCCGACUAUUCUUCAGUAUUUGUGAUGUUUUACAUGUUGGAUAUAUCUUCCUUCAGAAAUUCUAAAUUUGUGAUAGUUCGAUAUAUACAUACGUGUUGUUUAGAAACGAUACAAUGGGUUUCAAACGGUUCUGAUUAGCAUUUACAGUUAGCGCCCAUUGUAAAACGAUUGAAAUUUGCUGCGUUUUAUAGUAACGGAUUUUUAUUAAUUAGCAAUAUUUAUUAACAUUUAGCAUUAAUUGGUCAAAGUGAUACAUAUAUCUAUGUAGCGACUCAGAGUAAACCAAGCAGUGUAUUUUUCUAAAUUUUAAAAACAAUAUUCUUGCGAUAAGGUUUCCUUGAAUCAUCUUUUGAUAAUUACAAGCACGUUCUGAACAAAUACGAUUUUAUAGGAUGCAGAUUCUUGCUGAUGUAUAAGUAUAGUAAUGAAUGCUUCUUCAUUCAUACUGAAAAUACUGUAAAAAUGCAAUGAGAUUCAGUUGCUUGAUAUUGAAAGUGAAGCCUUCCACUGGAUUUUGCAAUUUUAAUUGUACAUUUCAGUAACUAACACCAAUAGGAUUUUACUUGAAAGUUCCAUAGAAAUAUUUUUGUAAUUACAGUUCCUUUAUUUUAUUUUAUUUUAUUUUAUUUCGUAUUUUUAAUACUUAUUGCUCGAAUAUUAUAAAAAAAAAAUCCAGUGAGUUGACUGUGCGAAUUAGUUCCUAGUCCAAUGGAAAGUGAUAUGUAUUAUAAGUCUCAUUUCGUAUUAGUAAUUUUAUUAAGUAAAACAUGAAGGCUUGAUUUUCAAAUUCAUUCAAACAUUUGUAUAGGAGUUAGCAAUAUAGACUAGAGUGUUUCAGAUAAUUAUCUGUGGUAACUUGCAUACCUUAUGUGAUUAUUAGAGAGUUAGGGAAAAUUUCCAUGUGCCCUAGCUAGCUGACGCUACUCACCUAACUUCUCUGCGUAAUUUAAAUAUGAGAAUAAUAUAGCGGACAAGUGAUAAAUGUGCAAAAACCAUACUGAUGUGUGGAUAUAUUUUCUUGCACACGAUUAUCGUUUUUGAACACAAGCUAGUGAUAAUACUAGUUACUUUAUACACAUAUUAAAUUAUAUAAAUAUAUAUAAAAAUAUAUAAAUAUAUAAAUAUAAAUAUAAAUAUCUAUAUAUAUAUGUAUAUAUAUGUAUAUAUUUAUAUUUAUAUUUGUCAUGUUCUAUACUAUUGUAAAUGAUACAGAACACUAGACUCCACAAAUACAUGUACGAAGACUGAUCUUGGUAUGUCCCAUUGGCUGUAUGAUUAGAAAAUCGCACAAAGUGUUCAGAUUCAUGAGGAUAAAAAUAAUCACUUCGUAUAGUCCUCUUACAACUUCCAUUUAUUUAUUUUGUAUUUAUUAUUUUAAUUUGCAAACAUUAUCUAAUGGAUAAGAUGAUGUUUUCCAAUUGAUUUGUGUGUUCCUAAUAAAUUAAACAAACGAAACAAGUUUACAAGUUACAAUGAAGUUAUGAUUGGAUUGUGAUAAGUUAUCAGUAUUUUUUAAAAGAAACUGUAUUAUAUUUCUUGGAGAAACAUUCCUUCCGUAAAAUAUAUAGCAAAUGGGACUAUAAUCUAAUUGCCAGCAACAAAAUAUUCGAGAGGCAUUCUAUUUUUUGUGAUCUGUAUUUUUUUAAACUCUCGUAGCUUUUUAUAAACUUUUUAAAAAUUUUCGUCCAAGACACAAACGAACAAAUUAUUGAAAGAGAGUUCGGCCUAAUUUUAAUUAGAGUAAUGAUAGUGAGAUGCACCAAAUUCUUGGAAUUUAUUUCAUUCGAAAAUAUAAGAGGAAAGCAAUACACAACGCACACGCAGUGAUAUAUUCGAAAGAGAAUGAACAUAUAUUUACUUCGAGACAUACAUGCUACGACAUGAAAGUUGGACUUAAUGAGAUUUUUAAUGAUAUAUGGAAUUCAUUUAUGGUUGGAAUCUCAACAUAUAUGAGUAUAUAUGUAUAUAUAUAUAUAUAUAUAUAUAUAUAUAUAUAUGAUAUGUAUAUAUAUAUAUACUCAUAAUUUGCUAGUUUAGUUUUAUAUAACUUUUUUAGAAACAUUCUAAUUCUACUUUAUGUUCCUUUAUACUAUUCCUCUGCAAUUACAUAUAGAAAAAAAGCAUAGAAUUUGGCAAACACUCUUUCAUAGUGGUUCCAGAAAAAAAUAUAAAAAAAAACAAUCUUUGUAAAAUGCUCAAAAACUGUUAAGGAAAACGUGUUCCAUGUUACGUAACGACGCACAUUACAGCCUGGACACAUUUUAUAAUCUUGUACCAGGCCUAUUCUGUAAGUUUCUACUAUAAUUUUAUUUUCAUUCUGUUAUAUAAUUAUAUAAUAAUAGAUUUAUUAUGAUUAAACGAAUUGUGUAUCUUGCCAAUCGCUACGAAUAAUAAAGCAUUAUGUAAAUUAAUCUAACAGGUUGUUGUUUUAAUUUUUAACAAGUCAACAUCAAGGAUAUUUAAAUUUCUACUUUUUUAGUAUUAGAAUAGGUCUAUAAGGAGCGCAUGGUGAGUCAGUCCGUGGAUGGGUAUGUAAAUUACAAUUAAGAUUUUAAAACGUAUUUUAUUCAGCUUACAGAAUAGGCCUGUGUAUUUUGAAGUUUCACUUCUAAUUUCUUUUUUUUUUCAAUUAUUUCUUUUUACUAUAUGAACAAUAUUU